CUCGAAUUAAAACCUGAAUGAAGACGCAUUAAAACUUCUCAACCCCCCAUCUCUCUCUCUCUCUCUCUCUCGCUCUCUCUCUUAACAAUUCAUGGCAGCUACAACAUCCACCAGUUGCACAAGCUUCUGCAACCUCAGAGCCAACCCAGUGGAGCCCAGGGUCCAGUCUCCCCCAACCCAUGGCUCACCAGGUGGGUGCGGAAAGCUCGAUGGGGUGGCCAUGUGGCUCGUCAAUGGAGUCGCAAGCGCAUUCUUCGCUUCCUUGGAACGAUGCUCUUGCAUCCGCAUAGCCACUGUAGACGACAGCGAUGAAGCCAACGAUUUGCCGUUGAUCUUCAACGACGGGAACUACUACCGCCAUGAUCACGGCGGCUCUGGUAGCCGGAGGAGGACAGGGAAAGGGAAGAAGGGGUCUGAUUCACGGGGCUUCAUGGCCGUGGAAGACUAAAUUAUGUGGCUUUUUUGGAAAAGUUUAUGUUCUUUGUUUUGGUAAGUUGGUAUUAUGGGGUGUUUUGGAGGAGGUGUGAAGUUUGUUUGUGUUUUGUUUUUUGGUUUUUGAAGGAUAUGGAAAGAAAAAAAAGAAGAAAAAAGUGGGCAAUCCUAUGAGUUAUUUUUGUUUUAUUUUUUGGUUUUGGUUUUGAUUAUUACUAUUAUGUCACAAAUAUGCAAAAAAAAUGCAAUAAGUUUUCUCCAACUUAAUUAAUUAUGUAAGUAGUUCUGCUA